UCGCUGACCGCCCGCCGGACCGUCCAUGGACGUAGGAUGGGUAGACCCCGGACACCGAUCAGGCCACGAAGACGGCAGAACGAAGAGAAAGGCAACAGGGGUUGCUCCAUCGCUCUCUUCGGUUUUAAGGAUUUAACGACGUUGAAUGCGAUAGUGGACUAAUAAGUGCAAGAGGAGCAGCGGCUACCUCGCUUUCCAGAUGACUACUCGGAAGCCGUUUUGCCUCCUUCCUAGUAAUUGAGACUUGAGGACACGAAGGAAAAUUAUGGAAAACGUUAUUUAGUUAUCCGGUUUACGGAGAAAUAAUUCCGGAGCAUCUUUAAAUACUUUUCGAUCGACAAGAUUUCAUUUAAAGAUAUCGCGAAAUUCGUGCUGUGAAACUAAUUAUAACAUGUCAGGAAUGAGCGAAGGACACGAUUUACCUGCAGUGCCAUCCUUUGACGAGAAUUAAACUGAUUUGCUUACAACUUUUGAAGUUUCUUCUCUUAUUCUCAAUAUUGCCGUCAGAUGGCGGUGAACAUCAGUGGGACAGUAGGUGGCAUCAAAACAACUCUCGUAUACAGGUAAAUAUAAAAUCCUGACAAACAAGUGGACAAACAACGAGUCUGACGCUCACAUUUUCAUCUUUCAAAGAAAUCGAACAAGGAAAUGGCAGAUUCAGUUAUGGACAUUUUUAAUUCAUUCCAAGACUAUCUGAACAACGAGCAAGAACUGCGUGAGAAAAUUCGGAACGUUGUGAAAGAUAUUGAGAAAAGUGCUCGAGAUAUUCUUAUAGUUUUGCAAAAUAUUCAUAAUGACAGCAACGUAGAAGAAAACAUAAUCGUAUCUCAAUACUGUGCCAAAGCCAGAGAGUAUUUUGAAGAUGUUCGUAAGCAGUAUGCAACACUUGCUGAAGUAGUACCAAAGGAUCAGUACUACCGCUUUCACGAUCAAUGGAAAUUCGUCACGCAAAGACUGUGCUUCUUAGCGUCUCUGACAAUCUACUUAGAGAAAAAAAUUUUGGUAACCAAGGAAACUGUAGCGGAGAUAUUAGCAAUUAAGAACAAUCGUGAAGAAGGAUUUCACUUGGACCUCGAAGAUUUCCUGAUGGGUCUACUUCAACUUUCCGCAGAGCUGUCCCGCUUUGCUGUAAACAGUGUGACGUAUGGAGACUACAAUCGACCUUUAGAAAUCUCAAGAUUCGUCAAUGAAUUGAACGCUGGUUUUCGGCUGCUGAACCUGAAGAAUGAUUCAUUGCGGAAACGCUAUGAUGCUCUUAAAUAUGACGUAAAAAAAGUCGAAGAGAUUGUCUAUGAUUUGAGCAUCCGAGGUUUAAAACCUUCAGAUGAACCUUUGGACGCCGAUAUAUAGACUAAGCAAAACGGAUAUCCGGCGUUCAGCAAAUCUUCCACUUUGAUAAAGUGGAUUUUGCUAAGCGGCUCAAUAAUACAAAAACUGAGCUGGAUACUAUUUUUUCUUUUCGUACAAAUGUUUUGAGAAGGUGCAUCAAGCUAGUCGAUGACCUAGCUGAAUUUUCUUGCUCGAAAUACGAGCCUUCUCGAACUCUACCGUCCAGUGAUAUAAGGACUGGCUUUAAGAAUAACUGAAUAAUCCCUAACAUUGACACUACAAUUUCAACCAAGAUUAUCUAACAAUUCACUGAUCAGUGCACUAACUGCUUCAAAAUUUGUAUUUAAUGCUAACAUUUCUGUGUCUAGCUUUUGUAAUCCGAUCGGUACUUUAUUUCAUAAUACGAUUACAUGGUCAAAAGAUCAAGCUUUAUUUUUAGGAUAUUAAUAUGUAUUUUGGUUGGAAUCGAACUUAAAUAAUAAGAAAGUUUUGGAACA